AUGGAACACCCAGAGAAGCGCGUGCCGUUGUUGACCAGCAGCACUGAGAGCUUCAAGAUCGGCCUCAAGAGCUAUGCUCAGCUGCCUGGCCCAAAGCACGGGUACUCUGCCGGCCAGGAUCUAUCCCCUGUCAAAAGUGUCAGAGGAGCGAAGGCGACUGCCUCAACAGCGCAGUCGGCAGCGUCGUUUGUGGUCAGCGCGGUGGCAGCAGACACCGGCGUUGACACCAAGUGCUGGAUGGAUGGUCAUGAGGAGGAGGACACCUGCACAUCCGGCGUGUCCGGUGUGCACGCACGCCCCCUGCUUGAGACAUCCAGGGCCAACACCAAGGGGACGACGCCCUCAGUGGCAGCCUUGAAGGCUCCCCUCAGCCCGCAGGCCUUGCCGGUGGAUGGCGCUGCGCGCAUCCUGGCUGCCAAUGCAGUCCUGCUGACGCCAGGACAGCCGACCUCAGAUGUGACCGGGGGUAAGAAGCCUUCCAGGGCAAGAAAGGGCGGCUCGGGUGACAGUGGGAGCGCACGCUCCGCAGACAGUGCGGGGAGCAGCGGCAGCAGCACAAAGACCAGUGGCCGCACCCAGACCAUCCACAAGGAGAACUGCCCCUGGCGCUGA